CCUUGGACCUGGAGCGCGCUUGGCCGCACUCGCAGCUGCCGAGGCGCUGGAGCUUGGAGCUUGCCAAUCCGUGUCCUUCUAGCCGCCGCUGUCGCCCACGGCGGUCUCUCGCCAGCUUUCCGCGCGACCCCGCAGUGCUCCGAACCCUGCCACUGGCCCGGAGCGUGCUUAGUUUUUCUGGUCAAAGUGUUCCCGCUGCGGCCCCGCGGCGAUGGCCACCAAGAUCGACAAAGAGGCUUGUCGGGAGGCGUACAACCUGGUGCGCGACGACAGCUCGGCCGUCAUCUGGGUGACUUUUAAAUAUGACGGCUCCACCAUCGUCCCAGGCGAGCAAGGAGAGGAAUAUCAGGACUUCAUCCAACAGUGCACAGAUGAUAUCCGAUUCUUUGCCUUUGUGCGCUUCACCACUGGGGACGCCAUGAGCAAGAGGUCCAAGUUCGCCCUCAUCACGUGGAUCGGUGAGAACGUCAGUGGGCUGCAGCGAGCCAAAACCGGCACAGACAAGACCCUGGUGAAGGAGGUUGUGCAGAAUUUCGCUAAAGAGUUUGUGAUCAGUGACCGGAAGGAGCUGGAGGAAGAUUUCAUCAAGAAUGAGCUCAAGAAGGCUGGGGGAGCCAAUUAUGACGCCCAGACCGAGUAGCCCCAGCCCUCCCCCUGCCCCUUGCCAAAGUCAUUUGCCUGCUCUCCAGGGGAGGGGACGCCGGCUUCAGCUACCAGCCCAUCAGGGAGAGGAGACGCAAUGAAAGGCAACAACCCAGCACCCCGUCUGCAACCCAGCUCCCCUUCCCUGCUUCCCUUAUGAGUCCUGAUAUGUCCUAUCUCGCAAAGCUCAUGGAACAUCUUUCUUUUACCUUCUUUCUCUUUUGUCCCCUGCUUUCUUAUUCUGAAGAAAAAUUGUGAUGCCAAGAUCAGAUCUUUGUGCCUCCUGCGGUGACAUCCUCAGGUCUGAGGCACCUCCCGUGGCGACCCCUUUCCCUGGCAUUUCUCCUGGCCUGCCUGGCCUCCUCUGCUGUGACCUCCGGUUGCUCUGGAGCCCGUGCCAGUGCUGCCGUCUUGGUUUUCCUCGGCUUGCCCACCGCCUAACGCCGAGGAGGCAGCUGUGCCCGGAGCCACGCCGUCGCCGGUGGCCUUCAUAAGCACACGCGUUCGCCCCACAUGUCAGGCUCAGACCUCCCGGAACAUGCUCCAGGGUCCCUCCCCCACCUCAUUCAAAGUUGCCUAAGCUGCAGAGAUGGUGCUCGGUGGUGAGAGGUGUAGGCCUGACUCAGACCGAAGGAGAGAAAAUUUGCCUUAAAAGUUGCCUGGCAUUCGCUUUCCCACCCUUUUGAUUGGAGACCCACUGUGGCGUGGGGUGGGGGAAGGUCUGAGUCUAGACUUGACCGAGGGAGUCUUUCAGGGUCAAUUCAGAGGCUCCCAAAGGGACCAGGACGUUGGGGAGAGAGGCCCGGGGUGCGGAACAGGAACGUGGGUAGCCCUGGGAGCUGAUUCUUUACUUUCAGGUCCUCGGCUGACAGCGGGGAUCUCUCGGGCAGAGGUCCUGUCUGCCACCUUCUCGGGGUGUGCGGCAGCCCCAGGCCACCUGUGACCUGAAUCCUGCGUCUGCACCACACAUUCAAAGGGUUAUUUUUUUUUUCAAAGAAAGAUGAGAUUGGCUUGGUUCUUCAUGAGCAUAUUUUAUAUUGUUCUCUUUCUCUUUUUCCUUGUUCAUUUUGUUUGUGGGGAGGAAAUCUGUGCUGUAUUGGGGCUGUGAACAUCUGCACUCAAACAGUUUACAGAAAUAAAAUUUUUUUGUUUUUCAAAGAACAA